AUGGCCUCAAGAACUCCCAUCAUGCGCCUCGUCGCUUCCGCCCGCUCCUACCUCACCGAAGCCCAUCCCAUGGCUCGCAUGCCCGUCACCACCCGCGCCCACGCCCUCAACACCUCCAAAUAUUUCCGCCGCGCCGGCCGCACCACCGCCGCAUUACUCAUCGCCAUGCCCGUCCUCCUCGGCUGGCCGAUCGCCGCCGCCUCCAUGCUCAAACGAACCGGGAUCUGA